AUGCCUGACAUUGUACACCCCCCGGUGCAAUUGCAUAAGCUUGAGAAGCUGCGUCGUGUUGGCGAGUGGCCUCGGUAUCCCACAAAAUUGACAUUACAAGCUGACUGCUCGCAGGUCUACUGGAGAAAUAUUCCACGACUCUCCCCCGAAUACCCGCUGAAAGAUUGUAUCUAUCAUGCGUCCAGGACACUGAUCAGCGAGCACCCUGCGCUAUCCGCAGUUCCCGUGGAUGAGGACACCAGCAAACCGUACUUCGUCCGCCUGCCUGAAAUCGAUUUGGCCAAGUCAAUUUUCUUCGACGAUUGGGGCUGCAGUUUCGCUCCAGAUGGUGACAAUCAGGAUGGAGAGUUUCCCGUCGAGUCGUGGGAUCAUAAAUUAGAACAAUUCUUACAAUCGCAGCACGACACUCCUUUUACACCAGGACUGCCGUUCUGGAGGCUGUAUAUCCUAGCUGAUUAUCAUGACGAACGGCACUUUGUGGCUGUGUUCGUCUAUCAUCAUGGAAUUGGAGACGGGUCAUCUGGAAAGGCCUUUCAUGCAACCUUGCUCCGGGCACUAGCAGAUGCUCCCUCUUGGGGAUCAAAGGAUCCAGAACUGGUCGUGAAGCCACCCGAAAUGCCACUUCUUCCUGCCCUUGAAUCACUUCAUCCGCUCCCGUACUCCCUUCCCUUCCUUCUAAAAGCAGGAUUGGACGCCAAACUCCCGUGUAGGCGUGACCCUCGAUUAUGGACAGGCGGGAAAAUAAGACUUCCGCUGAGGACUAAAGUGCGCAUGAUGACCGUUUCAGAGUCGACAACCACAAUACUGAAGCAGCUCUGUCGAGAACACGGCACAACGAUCACUGCAGCGCUUCAGACCCUUCUCGCGAGUGCUUUAUUCGCCUACCUGCCAAGGGCAUAUACAAAGCUGCACUGCGCAGGUGCCGUAUCCGCCAGGCGAUGGCUCCCAAGAGAUGUUGUCACAGACAACUCGAUGGGUGUCUGGGUGCUGGAUUUCUCAGAAAUGUAUACACGCGCGGCCGUCACCCAAUCAGGAUCGGACUUUCCCUGGAACGAAGUACAACGGUCAAGGAAGAACAUCGAACACUUCCUCCGCCGCCGGGGUAAAAAUUCUCAGGUCGCCCUUUUGAGAUAUGUCAGCAACUAUCACCGGGAUUUAUGUACCAGUAUGAUCGGGAAGGACAGGGAUGCGAGUUUUGAAGUGUCUAACCUUGGCUGCUUUAGACCUACUUCAUCACCUCAAGGUCUGAAACUAGACGAAAAUAAAUCGACUGACGAUAAAGUAUGCGAGAUGAAUGGACCUCGGAUUGGCAAGAUGGUAUUCAGCCAAUGUGCAAACGUGGCAGCUUGCGCGGUGAAUCUUUCUGUUAUCAGCGGCGGAGAUGGUCGCUUGGUUCUCGUGUUCUGUUGGCAAGAGAGCAUCGUGGAGCCAGAAUUGAUGGCGUCUGUAGUAGAACAGAUGCAGAAAGAUAUCAGCAGGCUCGUCAAAGACGCUCAUUAG